CAAAAGGGGAUCAUCAAGGCAUCCAUUCCAUUCUUGGAGCAACAUGGUGUUGAGUUAACAUCAUCUUUCUACCAACACAUGUUCUCGACUCACCCAGAGGUUAAGGACUACUUCAACCUGGCUCAUCAGGGACCAAACGGUGCGCAGCCACGUAUCCUUGCUUACUCCUUGUUGCAAUACGCAAAGAACAUUGACGAUUUGACCCCAUUGACUGCCUUUGUCAAGGGAAUUGUUGAGAAGCACGUUGGUUUGCAAGUUUUCCCUGCACAGUACGACAUUGUGGGCUCAUGUCUCUUAACAACCUUGAAGAAGAUGGUUGGUGAGGGCGCCACACCAGAGUUCAUGGAGGCAUGGAAGGAUGCCUAUUACCAAUUGGCAAACCUUUUGAUCAAGCUCGAAGCUGAUCGUUACGCCGAAGUUGAAGGUACUGCCAACGGUUGGAAAGGCUGGAAACCUGCAAAGAUUGUUAAAAUUGAGCAGGAAUCCGACUCUGUCAAGUCAUUCCACCUACAAUUCGACGAUGGCAAGUACGUUACUCCACAACCAGGGCAGUACGUCACAGUUAAGACCCAGAUCGGUGACGACAUCGAAACCAGAGAGUACUCCAUUUCAUCCGAGUUCACCGAUGAGUACAAGGAGUACAGAAUUUCCGUCAAGAGAUUGGAGAACGGUAAGGCAUCAAACUUCAUCCAUGACAACUUGAGCGUUGGUGACUAUUUGCCAAUUACUGUUCCAUACGGAAUCUUGAAGCCAGCCGAGGUUAAAGAAACUGCACCAAUUACCUUCUUCGUUGGUGGUAUUGGUGUCACCCCAACUGUCUCAUUGAUCGAGUACUACUUGAAACAGGGAAACAAGGUGACCUUGCACUACUCGAACCGCAAUGACCAUGAACGUGUCUUUGCUCCAAUAUUCGAGAAAUUGUUGAAGAACGACAACUUCAAGCUGUAUGAGUACGUCACUGACUCCAAGUUGCCAGCCACAACAGACGCUAAGCACACAAUCGCACACCAUAGAAUUACAGAGGAUAUCUUGAAUCAAUUGACCUUAUCUCCAGAUGAGCACUACUUCGUCCUUGGUCCAGUUACAUACAUGGAGGUUGUUACAGGCUUCUUGACGCUGUCAAAGGUUGACAACGAAAGAGUACACUGCGAGCAAUUCGGCCCAACCCACGUUUGAGGUGGAUUGUUGGUGUGAAAUAUACAUACUGGUGCCGUCAUGGCUGAUAAUGCUCAUAUAAUCUCUUCUAACUAUUAUGUCAAUGAAAUAAAUGAUUUACAUUAAU